CGUCCUCCUCCCCACUCGGGUCGUGCCCCCUCCCUUUUCCUGCCUCUCUACUGCGCAGAACUGCAGAGCGCCUGCACACGUGCAGAGUGCGGCCUGCGGUUGCUGGGGGCCAGCGCCAGGCGAUCAGCAGUCCACGGCCAAGAACGGUUCACAGCCCUGUACCCUCGAAGACACCGGAUAUCCAGCUCUAGGAGAGUAGGGGUCAGCGCGUUACUUCGCCCCGGCCAAGCAUGGCGCCCCCACCCAGUACGCGGAGAAUGAAGGCGCCCACCCCACCGGGGCCGCUAGUAGCCUCGUGCAUCUCCAGCCUGGGAUUCUGGCUCUGCCCGCUCCGCCGGUCUCAGGCCGGGACCAUCUUCUAGGCUCUGCGGAGCCCCUGCGUUAAGCGCAGGUCCGUGGUGAGCCGGUGAAAGGCCGAGUCACGCCACGCACUGAAGGUGGCAAACCCUCGUCUCCAAAAAGGGGAAGUGGUGAGCAAGCCUGUGCGACCCUGAUGAGAGCUGCCGAGAAGUUUCCACAAGAGCGCAGUUUUCCAGGAGCUCCAAAUGAGGAAUCGCACUGCAUGGGCCCGGCAGCUGAACUUUGCCUAGAGAUCCCGUGGGAAACCAAGUUCGCCUCGGGCGCUCAGGCCCCAGGCUAGAGCCCAGGGCACAAAGGGGCCGGGAACUCGGGCCUGCGGCUGCCCAGGCCGCCGUGGCGCCGUACAAAGCCGAAGCGCGAGCAGAUGCUUGGGGCGGAGGCGCUGUGAAGCCGGCGCAGGGCCUCGCGGGGGGCGGAGCGCGUCUCUGCCGGGGCCAGGCUGCCAGGCCGCUCGCCCGUGCCCCCGUGUUCCCGACUCCCGCAGCCAGCGCCUCGCUACCCUCUGUGUGGCGCAGAGGCUGAGCCGGGCUGUUUUGUUUGUCGUUUGAGGCAAUCGCGGAGCGCGCGCAGCCGCAGCGUCUGGGGAGGGGGCGCAGCCAAAAUUUCCUUCCUGCGAGUGCCAGCGGCUGAGAAGGUAGUGACCGGCCCUCCUCGGAUUACUCUUGUUGGCUCCUCCCCCACAUCCAAAUUUGCAUUAAAAAGGCCGAGAAAACUCUGGCGGCGCCCCAGCCGCGGCUCACUGUGCUCCCCCGGGUCGGACCCCCCCGGAGCUGCGCUCAGGCUGCAGCGCCUGGCCCGCGCCGCCCUCCCCACGCCCGGCUUCGCGCGCUCGGGCUGCAGGCUCCGGCUUCCCAACCCCAAACCUCGCCGAGCGGAGUCCGCGGGCCCGGGACGUGUUCGGGCUCCCGCUGCCCCGCGCUUCCCUGGCUCAGCUCCCUCCACCCCGCGGGGGUCGUGCGCCCACGAUGCCGCAGGGCCCCGGCUCGCUGUUGCUGUUCGUCCUCGCCCUGCACUGCUCCCUGGGCUCGGCGCGCGGACUCUUUCUCUUCGGCCAGCCCGAUUUCUCCUACAAACGCAGCAACUGUAAGCCCAUCCCUGCUAACCUGCAGCUGUGCCAUGGCAUUGAGUACCAGAACAUGCGGUUGCCCAAUCUGCUGGGCCACGAGACCAUGAAGGAGGUGCUGGAGCAGGCGGGCGCGUGGAUCCCACUAGUCAUGAAGCAGUGCCACCCGGACACCAAGAAGUUCCUGUGCUCGCUCUUCGCGCCCGUCUGCCUCGAUGACCUGGACGAGACCAUCCAGCCCUGCCACUCACUCUGCGUCCAAGUGAAGGACCGCUGCGCCCCGGUCAUGUCCGCCUUCGGCUUCCCCUGGCCCGACAUGCUCGAGUGUGAUCGUUUUCCCCAGGACAACGACCUCUGCAUCCCCCUUGCUAGCAGCGACCACCUCCUGCCGACCACGGAAGAAGCUCCAAAGGUCUGUGAGGCCUGCAAAACUAAAAACGAAGAUGACAACGACAUAAUGGAAACUCUUUGUAAAAAUGAUUUUGCGCUAAAAAUAAAAGUAAAGGAGAUAACCUACAUCAACAGAGACACCAAGAUCAUCCUGGAGACCAAGAGCAAGACCAUUUACAAGCUGAACGGUGUGUCCGAACGGGACCUGAAGAAAUCGGUGCUGUGGCUCAAAGACAGCUUGCAGUGCACCUGCGAGGAGAUGAACGACAUCAACGCACCCUAUCUGGUCAUGGGACAGAAACAGGGCGGGGAGCUGGUGAUCACCUCGGUGAAGCGGUGGCAGAAGGGGCAGAGAGAGUUCAAGCGCAUCUCCCGCAGCAUCCGUAAGCUGCAGUGCUAGUUCCGAGGUCCCAGAGGCGGCAGAGCUCACCUGACCGUUUCCGUUUCCGUGGACCGGUUUCACCAGAAACGUCAUUUCCAGUUUCCCAAGCACAGUCCAGUGUGCUCUAUCCCCAGCCAGGAGCCACUUUGCCUGCCUUUGCACAUAACAAUCCCAGUAUUUCCUGAGUUACCCAGCCCUAGGAGGCCUCGGGAAUGGAUAUCUGUUUCCAUAGAAAGGAAAAACCCAAACUAAUACAGUCAUGAAUUUUUUAUGAAUAUUUACAUCGACUCAUUUGAAGGCAAUUUUGAAUAGAUGAGACUGUGACUUGGGUCUGUGUUUUGUUUUGUUUUGGUUUUGGUUUUUGCCCACCAUUUGGUUGAAAUCAGCUGAUUUUUACCGCACAUUGAGGUGGCCAUAACAUGCAAGACGCUUCAUGUUUCUCUGUGGCUGGAACCCACAAACAUGGGUUGCAAACUUUGUUGGGAUAAAGCGGGCUGUUAUCCUGACCUCUCCUCAGCGCCAGCCUGAGAGGCACUAAGAAUCCACUUACCAUUUUACGCCCUCACUAGGAACUCACACAGUUGCAUGUAUCACAUUCCAGCUGCAGUAUUUCCAUUUAUAAAAAGCACAUUAAUCAGUUUUCAUAGCAUGAUUUCUUCAAGUAAAGGGCAAAGUAAAUAAGUUUUUUUAAUUGACGAGUACGUUAAGCCUUGUUUAAAGCAUUUUUAAACUUUUUUUUUUGCAAAUAAAACCAUUGUAGCUUACCUGUAAUAUACAUAGUAGUUUACCUAAAAAGUUGUAAAAAUAUUGCUUUAACCAACACUGUAAAUAUUUCAGAUAAACAUUAUAUUCUUGUAUAUAAACUUAACAUUCUGUUUUA